AUGAGUGUAGAUACUAGCAGUGUGAAAGAGAAGACACUAGGGAAGUAUCGAGAGUCAGAAAAGGACACAGACUUUGAUAUAGAAGAUACUGAGGAUUUGGACCUUUCUUACUCCAAAUUCUCCCACAUUUCAGGCAUUUCAGUAUAUAAAUCUGGAGUAGAAGAAUCUCCAUUUGUGAAACAAAUUCAAGAUAGACUACAGGAUAUAAAGCAUUUUGAAGAUAUAAGGGCCAAUGGUAGCUUAUCUUCUACUCAAUUCAGUAACAUAUACCCCAUUUCCGAACACCAGGAGAUGGACCGAAGUAAAAAUGAUGAGAAUAUACCAUUAAGACCACCCACCAGAACUAAAGGAUUUGAUACUCCGAGCAAGAUAAUAUUACCAAAGACAAGAACCAUAAAAAAUGACAUAACUGUGGUGACACCUACGGAGUCUACCCCCAGGCAUAGAAACCAACGAGCGGCCUCAGUAAAAGUAUCAUUAACACCAGCUCAAAGAGUAGAGAAGAGACCUGGAACCAGACUGAAAAAUGCAUUGGAGAACUUUCAAUUCGAAGAAAUGGUUGGAAGAGGUGCAUUUGCUACGGUAUUUCGAGGUAUAAAUUUGAAAACUCAACAAGUAGUAGCCAUUAAACAGAUCUUAUUGGAAAAGGAUCAAGAUGUACAAGAAUUAAUGGGAGAAAUUGAUUUGUUGAAAAUUUUGAAACAUCCAAAUAUCGUCAAAUACCACGGUUUUGUUAAGAAUUCGACAUCCUUAAACGUUUUUUUAGAAUAUUGUUCUGGUGGUUCUUUAAGACAAUUAUAUAAAAGAAAGAAGAGUGGACUACCAGAAACAGACAUCAUUAAAUUCGUCAAAUCAAUAUUGAAAGGGCUCAACUAUUUACAUGAACAAGGGGUGGUCCAUAGAGAUGUCAAAGCUGCCAAUGUGUUGAUAACUGAAACAGGAGAAAUCAAGUUAGCUGAUUUCGGAGUGGCUACUAAAGUGACUAAUCAACAUCAAUCAGUUGUUGGAACACCUAAUUGGAUGGCUCCCGAAACAGUUCUAGGGGGUGAAGGUUUAUGUACAGCAUCCGACAUAUGGUCAUUGGGAGCUACUACCAUUGAAUUAUUCACUACAAACCCUCCAUAUCAUGAUUUGAAUCCCAUGGCAACCUUACAUGCUAUAGGUACUGACGAUUACCCUCCAUUACCAAAGAAUAUAUCCUUGAUGGCCAAAGAUUUCCUAUUGGAAUGUUUCCAGAAACAGCCAAGUUUACGUAAACUGGCCAAACUACUAUUAAAACAUAAAUGGCUAACACAAGAUUUAACCAAACCCAGAACCAUUCACCACACGAUUAUCGAAGAACCAACCCAUAGCAGUAUCAAAUCCAUCAAUGAAUAUAGUGAGAAAAUAGAUGAGAACUGGGAUAACGAUUUCAAUGAUGUAACACCAAUAAUGGAAUUGAAACCAGCCAUAAGUUCAUUGACUAAAACAGAAAAAUUAAAUAAGUUCUUGGAGACUGACGAAGUUAAUGAAGAAAUAACUGAUUUCGAUGAAGAAAUGGGUAAAUCCAAAGUUGAAACUAAUGAACUUAUUGAAGAUAUUGAUCCUUUCUCCAAUAUUGAAAUUGAUAAUUUCGAUACCAACGAGCUCGAAAUCCAAAGUAAGAUGGAAUUUCUUAUCACCAAAUUCUCCAAAAGAGUUGAUUUAACUUAUGAUGGUAAUGAGGAAGUACUCAACUCAUUGAUAAAAAUCAUUGGUAAAAUUGCCCAUUUGGUUAAGAAAUAUCCCAUUCUGCAUGAUGUUUUGAUCAGGGAUCAUGGUACAGUUUCUAUCUUUGAAUUAUUAGAAAAUUCCAAUGAAAACAAUCUUUCUAAUACCCCGAACUUAUCGAAAUUAUGGUAUUACUCCCUUAUAACUUUGAACUGUAUUUUCGAAAAGAACCUCAAUCAGUUUGAAAACUUCUGUUUGUUAGGAGGAAUACCUAUCAUGACGAAGUUCAAGAAUAAUAAAUUCGAUGAGUCUAUCAAAUUACAAGUUGUGAGGUUUACUAGAUUGUUUUUAAAGAGUGACAAAGGUCUUAUAAUGUUCAUAUCAUGUGGAGGUUUGAGAGUGUUAUCUAAGUUUGCUGAAGAAGAUUUCGAUACCAACCCCCAAUUUGCUAUAACUUCAGUUGAUUUGGUUUAUUCCAUACUUUCAAAGAAUCUUACGAGUUCGAAAUCGGACAUUUGUAGGAAAUUAUCUCACUAUGGAGUAUUUUUCUGGUUUACAGUUCUUUUGAAUAGUCUUACUAAAGCCGAUAAUAGGAAAUAUGAUGUCACCAUCGAUAAAAUCAUCUUUAUCAUCAAGUCCUUUGGUCAAUCAGAAGUUAAAGUUAGGAUUAAUAUCUCCAGUGGUGACUUAUACAAAUUAUUAUUGAAGUCAUUCCCAUUAUUACCAAUCAAUCAUCAACUAACAAUGUUAAAAUUUCUUAAAUCCAUGUCUCAUAUCCUGGAAAUCUUGAAACAUUUCCAAUCAGCAGAUAUCUUAGAAUUUCUUCUGUUACUCAUUAAACAAUACACCCCAUCAACCAGUCAUUAUAAAGAAUUUAUCAAUAUCAUUAGUGCUAUCCUUUAUAACUACUGUUAUUUGAAUCAUUCCAAGGAGAUAGAGUUAGUCAAAUUAGGAAUUUUACCUUAUUUGAGAGAUUUGUCUAGAAUCAAUUUACCUUUCAGACAAUUUAUACUUCCAAUAAUAUGUGAAAUGGUUUAUUGUGAUAAUUUUGUCCGUUCAAAUUUAAUCAAAUAUGACAUUUUAGACGUUUAUCUUAACUUAUUGAUCGAUCCUUAUUGGCAAGCUAACUCCUUAGAUUCAAUUUUGAAUUGGUAUAAACACGAUAAGCUCAAUUUAAUGAGUGCUAAAGCUAUUGAUUGUUUUAUAUCAGGAUUUAUGUUAAAUAAAGUAUCUAAUCUAGAGCUGGCUUUAGAGAAUUACUUGAAAUUAAUCAAUCUUCAUCCUUCCAUCAGUAAAAUGUUCAUCAAGGAUAUCAUCAUUGACAAUUUGAUUGUCAAAUUGACUAUCAACCUCAAAAACCCCGUAGUUCAAUUCACUUUAUUAAAGAUACUCAAAUCUUUAGUUAUGAAUACUAAGAGAAUGGCUAUGGAUUUGAAAGUAUUUGAUAAUGUUAAAACUAUCCUUAUGACUUUAGAAUCUCGUAAAUCUUCAUUAUUGGUAGAUGAAUUAGCUUCUGAGGUAAUUGAUCUUGUAGAAUAA